AUGUCUCUGCUGAAACAGCGGGGGAGAGAGCUCGAGCGUUUCGACGGACUCUCGCUCAUUUACUGGACACUAAUGGGUCCAUACGGAGUAGAUAGAGCUGUUCAUUCCAUGGAGUUUACUGACUGUGAGAACGGCCUGGGAAUUAAAGUGAUUGGCGGAGUGAAAGAGCUAACUGGAGAAGAGUUUGGAGUCUACGUCAAACGGAUUUUACCAGGUGGCCUUGCAUCAAGUGAUGGAAACCUGAUGCCAGGAGACCAGAUUUUGGAGGUGAAUGGAGACAGUUUAGUAGGAGUCACAAGUGAAAGAGCUGUGGACGUCUUGAGAGCAGCCUCUGCGACCAAUCACAUGCGCCUUCUCAUAGCCAGAGAUGAGGAAGCAAAGAGAGAAUUUGCUGAGUUACUGGAGAAGUAUGGAUCCAAUGGCAGCACAGGAUCAACACGCAACUCUCCCAUACAGCAAGGAGGCCGUUACCUGGAUAGCACAUCAUCAGGUUCCUCGUCUCGCUCCCAGAGUCCUUUGUUGUUGAGUCCAGCGGGCUCUCAAAACGUGUACAACAACGGAGGGCCCAUGCUGCGCUCCCUCAGUCAUCCAGGUGAAGGAGUGAUUCAGCUCAUCUCAGUGGCGAGAUCCAGCAGUUUGGGCAUCACCAUCGGAGGAGGCUCCAACAGGCCCGACGGCCCCGCUGUCUUCAUCCAGGAGGUGCUGUCUGGAGGAGACUGUCACCGGGAUGGACGUUUGAGGCCUGGAGAUCAGCUCAUUGCUGUUAACAAGGAGUCCUUGAUAGGCGUGACCCACGAGGAGGCCAAAAGCAUGCUCAACAAAGUCAAAUUCAGCCAAGACAGUGUUGUUGAGAUCGCCUUCAUCCCAGGGAAAGGACUGUUUCCAAGCAGCGCGUCUCUCCACAACGGGGUCCAGCGAGCCGCAGGCAACAGCUACAACUCUGGACGCUUAAAAGUCCACAUCAGAUCACCUGAGAUCUGUACAGAGGAGCCAGCACCAGUGUCCUCACCUUCCCCAGACAUCUGCCCGCCAGAUAUUCAUAUUUCAGGUACAACCAGCCAGAGGUCGCCAACAGGCUCCAAACCCAAAAUAACACUGGACCCCUUCAUACGCCUCAAAUCAGACAAGUUGGACUUGGCUUUGUCCUUCCUUGGGCUGGAUGUCACAGAGGAGAAGAGGAAGAAGCUGAGGCAGAGUCUGACCACAGACCCACAAGGCACUGUGGCUUAUGGAGACUUCGUGGAGGCCACCCGGAGCAUUUUCCAGGAGAGCCUGGAGGAGUUGGGUUUAGGGGCGGGUCCCUUCAUGUUCUCCUAUCAUGAAGCUGCUAGUUUGAUGGACACAUCCGCCUUCCACUCCCCUACGUAUGAAUCCGAAUGCAGCUACAGCAGUGAGGAGAUGGAACAGUUUCAGACCGAGGUGAAACAGCUGCAAACCCAGAUGAAACAGCUGAAGGUGAUGCUGAAGGACAUGGAGCACAGCAAGAAAACCCUGGAGGAGGAGCUGCAGAAGACCUCAGAGAAAGCGUGUCUGACGGUGGAGGAGAACACCCGUCUGAAGAGUCGUCUGCAUGCAGCGGAGGCAGAGAGAGGCCAGCGGCAGGCCAGCAGUGCGGAGCAGGACUACGAGGAGGUCAUUCAGCUGCUGGAUGCCGAGAUCAAAGACCUGAAGAACCAGCUGGCCAGCAAGAGACAGACACGAGGACUGGACUCCACCAAGGAUGAGGUGCUGGAGCUGAACAGGAGGCUGACAACCAUCGACUGCCAGCUUGAGGAAGUCGGAGCUGAGCAGGAAACACUGGAGAUCUCCAAUAGGAAGCUGCUGGGCUUUGCACAGAACGUCCACAAAGUGCUGACAACACCCAGCCUGUUUGGAGGAGGAAACAGCAACAGGUCAUCUCCAGCCACAGACAGCCUCGACCCGUCACCGCUCCCUGACCCCGCCUUCCAACUGGCUGUGGAGGCCAAAGAGCUGGUAGCAGGAGUCUGCAGCCCCACUGCUGAUGACAAAGUGUCAGUGAGUGCAUCAGAGGCAGCAUCUGUCCCAGAUGUUAACCCUCAUCACAUGUGAGCAGCAAGGAUCCAGAGAGGACUGAGAGAGGACCUGGGCACGCUGACGAGGCCGAAUGAGCAGCUGAACCCACAAUGGACUAACACCAUAGUCAACAGACUGGACACCAUCCAACACGCCGUCUCAAUAUUAUGACAUCACUUCAAUCCAAUGCAAUCAAAUCCUCAGUUCAAAGUGAUAUAUCCAACACGAUACGUUUUAAUGCCAAAGUCUGCUCGCACACAUUGAAUUAGUGUCUUCUUUUGAAAUAUUCGACAGUCUCUGGAGGGUUCAGCAGCGGGGCGUGUUGCACUUAGUCGUGACCCGAAGCCUCUCAUCAUCCACCGAUAAUCUAUGUACAGAAGUCUCUAUGAGAAAAGCUCUGCCAAAUAAUAAAAAGUCUGCUGGAAUUCUCUGUAGUGUUCCUCUGACAGCAGGUGGUGUUGCAGGAGCUGCAUGACCGAGUCCACAACACACACAUACUGCUGUAAACCUUGUUAAUACUCCUCCCUGACUACUUUUCUAACCCUGCCCCUUCACACAUACACGCACACACACACACACACACACAAACAAACACACACACAGGUUCACUCCCUGGAUUGCAUGUAUAGGAGGACUUGUUAGCUUGGAAAGAACAAUCCAGAGCUGGUCUGUUCAACGAGUCUUCCUCCGUGUCAUAAUAACUCGCUGCCAUCUGCCUCCAUCACACGUUGGCGCUUCUUUGCUCUGUCACAUGGGUAACAGACUGUUGAGCAAAAAGUAGAAAACCACCCCAAUAGUGUCCCUUUGUCCAUCAUGAUAACUCUCCUUGUGCCCUUACUCAUGACUGAAAGGCAAAGAAUGGCGUGUUGCGAGAUAGUGGAGCCGUGUUUGUCAUCUGUGGCUUUGUACUGCAUGGUUCAUGUUGACGUGUCUCCUGCAUCCAGGAGUGGCUUCCAUGUCGCCGUAGCUCCUGCUGUGUAAACCUGUGUUUGGUAGUCACAGAGUCUAGGCAGCCAUAGGCUACACGUGGAACAUUCAUUUUAUUUCUAUGGACAGCUUCGAAUACUUUUAAAAAACUGACAUGUCCUGUACUUCAACAAGAUUGCAUCUUUGGU